GUUGUUCUCUUUUUCUACCCCAAAGACAACACUUAUGGCUGUACUAAAGAGGCUUGCUCUUUUAGAGAUAAUUAUGAGAGAAUAUCUGAAUUGGACGCAAUUGUUAUGGGUGUCAGUGGAGAUAGUGCUCGAUCACACGAGACCUUUGUAAAGCAACACAAGCUUCCGUUCCCUCUUUUGUCUGACAAGGAAGGAAAGCUCAGAUCAGGGCUCCAGGUCCCUAAAUGGUAUUUCGGUCUUCCAGGACGCACUACCUACGUUAUCAGCAAGGAGGGCGUUAUACUCGAUGUAUUCGAUUCACAAAUUGGAUUCAAUCAGCAUGUCACGCGUGCUAUCAAGGUGCUUGAAGAGAACAAA